UUUAAUCGCAGCGCGGUGCGCUAUAAGCUGGGUAAGAUGGCGGCGCGGUGAGGGGAAUGUGCGGGCUCCAGUGCCACCGCUCCCCGGUGAUUUUUAGGACAUUCCCGAGGAAUUCCGCUGCCCUCUCCGGGCCGUUCUGAUCGCACCUUCUCCUCUCAGAGGCUCGGAGAUGUCGCUGCACGCCGUGCUCAGGGCCGCCGUCUCGCUGCCGCGCUGCACCCCGUCCCUGCUCAGGCCGCCGCCUCCUGCCUGUGCCCCGCGCUGCUCCAUGGCCACCCUGAACCAGAUGCACCGGCAGGGCCGCUCCGCGCCGCCUCCCCGCCAGCCGGGCGCCACGCUGGGCCGGCCGCAGCUCAAGGCCGUGGUGCUCAAGAACCUGAUCCGCAAGCCCAAGAAGCCCAACUCGGCCAACCGGCGCUGCGUGCGCGUGCGGCUGAGCACGGGCCGCGAGGCCGUGGCCUUCGUGCCCGGCGAGGGCCACAACCUGCAGGAGCACCACGUCGUGCUGGUGCAGGGCGGGCGCACGCAGGACCUGCCCGGCGUCAAGCUGACCGUGGUGCGCGGCAAGCACGACUGCGCGCACGUGCAGCCCAAGAAGUGAGGGGACACCCCUGAGUGUGCCCACGUGCAGGCCAAGAAAGGAGGGGGGAGACCCCCGAGUGCGCCCACAUACAGGCAGCAAGUGAGGGGGGGGAUCCCCAUGAUGCUGGAGGGGGCUGGGAGGGGUGAGACCAGGCCGGGGAUGGACCCGGCCUGGGUGGGUAAAAUUCAGAAAAUUCGGAUUAAAGCGUGCUGGUGGUGA